CAUCGAAGAAGCCCCAUUCGAGGUGCACAAGGAGUGGCUGCUCAAGAGUGCGGUGCAUCUCAUCCUGCUUACCAUUCACCGCCCCCAGCCUGACCGUUUGUCUGAGACAUCAAUCUUCAUUCUCUUUAUCUGCGUCAAUGCUGUUGUCAUUGGCAUUGGUCUAUCAGGCUUAAGGCGCGGGGGUGAGCAGUCCCUCUACUGAAGAUGAUGAUAAAUGCUAAAUGCUUGUUUCAGAUACGCCAGCAUUCUACUAUCCCUUGGGAAUAUGUACAGCAUUCCCGCUAGCCCUUGAGAUGAUUCGGCAGACCAAAAUCCAGGCUGGACCUCUCAUGAACGCCCUGCUGCAUCGAUUAUUUCUAGGAUAUGGUUUUCUGUCCCCGACGGUAAAGCUCGGGUUGAUCUUAUGCUCGGUCGCCUACGAGGCGUCGGUGAAAGGUACAGCUGUGGUCGUGUCUAUCGACUACACGGUACUUGUGAUUGCCGGUCUGCUUUUUUGGCGCGGAAUUCGCGGUAUACCAUCUCAGGGCCCUGUAAUCUGUGAAGUUACAAUCCAUGCAUUUCUUGUUAUCGUAACGGCAGGGUUUGCCGCAGGCGGACUCGUCCACGACUGGCCCCUCUGGAUUGAAGCGAUGUUGAUCAUCACUAUUGGUGCCUAUAUGGCUCGAAAUAUUUCCACUCGGUCUGGCGAACCGGGGAACACAGUGCCGUUACCGAACUCCCCAGACGACACAUCCAAUCUAGGCCAGCUCAGCCCCCACCAAGAAAAUCGUUCUGCUCGCCUCCCUUUCAUUCUAAGCCGCGAUAGGGCCAUGGUGAUAAAGAGCGUAAUGGGUUUUGGCACCGGGGCCACAUCAAUGACCAAGGAAAGCUAUACACAACUAGACGAGGUUCGGACGGCUCGCCAUGGAUCAGCACAUCCGAAAAUUAGGGCGGUGGUCUCAAUUUACUAUCCGGACCAGCCGACCUUGGAGACGGGCAUAUUUACUGUAUUAUGCGAGGGGUCUGAGGGGGACUAUCGGCGGGACCUGCGAUAUAAUGAAUUGACUGCUUGUAGCGACGGGGAAGCUGCGCUUCAAUCGUACCGGCUAGGUUUCAUUUCCAUUCUUGCCUUCAUCCUUGCUGUGGAAAGGCAUACUGGGAAACUUGUCGGCUGGAUGCUUCUACUUCACAAAAUAGGCGAACCCUUGAGUACACAAACAGUUACUUUAGGCACGGCAGCAAGCAAAGUGAUUCUGGUUUUUAGAGAGAUGGAUUUGACCUCGGACCUGCAAUUACGGAAAAGAGCAAGCACCCAAGCGAUGCGAGAAAAUGCAGAACCCAAUAAAAGAACCGACAGAUCUCAGGAUCAAGAUGACGACCAAACCACGGCCCAUGAUCUAUUAAACAAAAUACGGGGAAAAACCCAAACCAAGGAAGGAUAUGUUCAAAAAACAGUUCGCCAACGUCUGAGACUCUACUGCUGCAGAUUCCCGGCGAUCUGUCUUAGCCAAGCUAUCGACAGUGAUGGGGAUGCGCUCUGUAUGUUGCCUGACUCUAAACUGAAGCAGAAACUGGAGAGAGGCAACAAAACGGGAGACCUGGCUAUAAGAAUAGCCAUGUUCGUCCACACUCAUCUAGCAAAAUACAAUACGUUAUCCACGGGAGCCUCACAGGGCCACGAAGAAGAGUACCAAGGCUUCCACAAAGAGCAUAGCAUAUCAUCAGCUUCAAGUUGCCUUUCCAUCAUGGAAUCUCUUGAUAGCGCGUUACCCCAAGCGAGACAGGAUAUUGAACAAAAUAAUACCGACCUGGAUGAUCUCUAUCGCGCGUUACUCCAAACGAGAUGGGAUAUUGAAGCCACCUUGGAAGAACCUCUUCGACACCUUAGCGACGCCGAGACAAUUGGUGAUAUACGAAAAUAUCUGAAAGAAUUUUCCAUAGCAUUCCGCAAGCUUUCUUCGUUGUUUGAAAGGCUGCCCGGUUUUACGUCGUGCGCUUUGGGUAUGGAUGUAGCAACAGGGAAAUCGGAUGGGCUUAGAUGGCAUAUAACCGCUCUCUGGGAAGACUAUGGACAUAUACAGCAGAUCAUGUAUACGUGCUCAUUAUGUCAUCAAUUGCAAGAUGCUAAGCUUCGUCAAGGGGUAGAGAACCUAAAGGAAAAGAUGCUUGAUUUACAAGUUGUUUGUGAAGAAAGGAAGGAGCAACUGGAGGCAGACCUGUUGGAGGAAGACCUGUUCCAUAGUGCAUAUUAA